CAAAAGGUCGGCCGCCACAUUGAACCGGGCUUGCUGAGACGCGCGACUUUUGCCCAUUUCUUUCCUUUACAAUAUAGAGUAGCAGUCUUGCUUAUAUUUACACAGCUGCAAUCAUGAGCACUGUCCUACUCCCGAGCGGGAGCAGCGUCUCCGUUAAGGUUCACCCGGUUGUGCUAUUUGCUAUCUGUGAUGCGUAUACCCGCCGUAAAGAGCACCAAGACCGUGUGAUCGGCACGCUCCUAGGCGUGGUUGUGGACAACACGAUCGAGGUGAAGAACUGCUACGUAGUGCCGCACAAUGAGAGCUCGGACCAGGUCAUGGUGGACGUUGUGCACCAUAAGACGAUGUUCGAGCUGCACCAAAAGGUGGCGCCGCACGAGGUCAUCGUGGGCUGGUUCGCGACUGGCUCGGAGCUUUACAACAGCGACGCGCUGAUCCAGGAGUUCUACAGCAAGGAGUCGCAGCACCCUGUGCACAUGGUGGUGGACACCACGCUGCGGGACGAGAAGUUCAACAUCUCUGCCUACACCUCGCGCACACUGGCGCUGGGCGACAAGCAGCUGGCCACCGAGUUCGUGGAGAUUCCCUGCGAAACCAUCUUUGGGGAUGUGGAGCGCGUGGGAGCGGACCUGAUGCUGACUGGCCUGAACGACCCCAGCCCGGACGCCAAGAAGGACAGCUCCAGCAAGUCCCUGACGGACGACGCAGAGACGCUGCAGGCGUCCAUGGCUCGCCUGGCGGAGCUUGUGGGCCGCGCCGCCGAGUACGUGGAGGCCGUCAACUCGGGCAAGGUGACCGGCGACCCCGCCAUUGGCCGCUACCUGGCUGACACGCUGGCGCUGGUGCCGCACCUGGCCCGCCCCGACUUCGAGCGCCUGUUCAACGAGAGCGUGCAGGACAACAUGAUGGUGACCUUCCUGUCCGACCUGCUGCGCGCCCACGUGGCGCUGGCGGAGCGCCUGGGCACCGCCGCGCUGCCCAUCAUGUAAGCAGGAGCGGCAGGAGGAGAUGGAGGAGGAGGAGGAGGAGGAGGUGGGGCAGCAGCGCGUCCAGCAACAGCACACGCGAGGCGCACCGCGGGUGCGGGUGCGGGUGCGCCGCAGUCGAGCGCGUCAGCGCCGGAGCCAGAGGGCAGCGCGCGUGCGGUGGUGGGCGGCGCUGUCUGCAUGCAGAUAGCUGGCGGACAGCCGGGCUGCGAUGCGGUUGAGGCGGGCGGCGGCGCACGGCGGGUGGAAGCGGCAGGACCAGGGAAAAUGACGAAUGGUCGUGUGUGGCUCUUGACUUGGCCUUGGCAGCUGUGGCCUCCCGAGGACGCACUAGUGGGGGAGUAUAGUUGGGGUGGAGAGCAAGCGCAAGAUAGAUAUCUACAACGCGCCUGUGGCAAUGUCGGGGGUCGCAUGUCACAGGCACGGAGCAGGGGCACAUGUGGCCGAGCUGGUGCCGCGGCGGGCAGUGCUGGCUCUGCCCCUUGGUGGAGGCCUAGGCGCAUGAUUAGUUUUGGUGAUAAGACUGCCUCAAGUGACAACCUGGUUGCUGACCGGGCAUUGCAGGACGACAUUACGCGACAAAACUAGGCAGGACGUGCCAGGGCAGACGGGGAGAAGGGGUGAUUAGCUGGGUAGCAGUUCUUCUGUGCGGCGGCGUUUAGAAGCGUAGAACCGCCGCGGCGCAGGAUUAUUCUGAUGUGUAGGUCUGCAGGUGGGGUGUCCACGUGGACAGGACAGGGUGAGCGGCAGGCAGCCGCCGAGCAGCAAUUUCCGGGAGCGCUGCCACAAUGCAGGUUGGCUGGUUGUGUAAGGCUGCUCUCAC